CAUCCGCAAUCCCGGCCCUUAAUUUCUCCCUCCCUAAUCAGGCUGCCCUUAUCGCUCCCGAUUCCACUCGCCGUCAACAGCACACACUUCCUGGAGCUCUUUCACCUCGCAUGCACCACGCCCAGAUCCCCUUCUCCCUCAACCUCGCACGCACAUGCCUCCUCUUCCCCUCGUCGUCGAGCAGCACAUCCACUUCACCGGCCAGUUCUGUCCCUUCUACCGGACUGGAGAGCGCCCCCUCCGUACGGGGCGCGGUGCCCAUGUCCAACCAGGUGGCCACUGGUGUGGCUGCCUAAUCAUGCGGCCCCAAGGAUCACUAGAUACGGGGAGGAUCGGAAACAAAUCAGUGCAUCCCCUUUGGCUGGUUUUUUCUGAUGAGUUCGUUGCGUCCAACAUCCAUGCAGAUACAAGUUUGAGAUUGGAUGAGGUGAACAACAACGGAAGAACAUGCCUUGCCAAGAGUGAGCAUAAUCAACAUAUUUUGCUUUGGCUUGGCAAAGAAUCUGCACGUGCAUCGCAUCCAUCCCAGCGGGUACAAGAAAGCCGAGGCGAAGGUAGUGCAAUCAUCUCACUGGCAUGUUGGCUUCUCCUCUAGCGCCGUUGCGUGCAUGGUGCUCUUAAUCAACACUCUGCACAUCCUACUCCUGCUAGACUCGUUGCGCUCCUCCUCGGAGAUUCCCUUGUUCAAGUCGGCACCCGCUUAGUCGAUGUGACUAGUUCUUCGAAUGUCGUGCUUCAUUGUUACAGAUGUAAUGCUUCUCCUGGUCUUUGUAUUAAGUUUCAUACUGCCUAUGCAUGUGUUCCAUUUGAUUGAAUACAAUAUAUGUGCUUCUCUGUCUUA